UCUCGCAUCCCGCAUUCGUGUUCUGCAUCCUGGUAAUCGAGGCAAUGUCUUUUCGGGUUCUUGCACUCUCUGCGGUUCUUUGCUGUGUCCUGGCACGGACAGUGCCCAGGCCGCAGUUAGACGAACACUGGGAAAUCUACAAGGACAUCCACAACAAGAAAUAUGUACCAGAAGAAGAACACGUCCGAAGACUCAUCUGGGAAGAAAACUUGGACUUCAUCCAGAGGCACAACCUAGAGUAUGACCUGGGGCUUCGGACGCACACGGUGGCAGUCAACAGUUUUGCUGAUUUGACAUCGGAGGAGUACCGCCAGCUUUACCUCGGCUACCGUCCGAACCAGGGAAAGAAGACUGCACUGGGUGUACACAACGAAGCUUCUUUGUACGAUAUUCCGGACGAGGUCGACUGGCGUAAAGAAGGCUAUGUAACUCCCGUGAAAAAUCAGGGUAAGUGUCGUUCCUCUUGGGCAUUCGCAACGACUGGAAGUCUCGAAGGGCAGCAUUUCCGGAAGACGGGCAAGCUAGUCUCCCUCAGCGAGCAGAACCUGGUGGAUUGUGAUACACGAUCAUUCGGCUGCAACGGAGGAACCCAGUUCAGCGCAUAUCUGUACAUUCAAUCUAAUGGUGGAAUCGACACGGAAGAGUCAUAUCCGUACACGGCUCGUAACGGAAGUUGCAACUACGACCCAAGCCAUGUCGGAGCUACUGCUGUAGGUUUUUAUGUCGUCGAAUCGGGCAGCGAAGAUGGUCUAAAAAGGGCCGUGGCCAGAGCGGGGCCAGUCUCUGUACGUAUCGAUGCCAGUCAUGACUCCUUCAAAUUCUACAAAAGCGGCGUUUACAACGAACCUGCCUGCAGCUCUGAAGAUCUCCACCAUGGGGCCCUUGUGGUUGGCUACGGCACAGGGAGUGAUGGCGACUACUGGAUAGUCAAGAACAGCUGGGGAGAACAAUGGGGAGACAAAGGCUACAUUCUCAUGAGCAGAAACAAGGACAACCAAUGCGGCAUCGCAAGCGAAGCAUCUUACCCCCUUGUUUAGUGAAAUAAAGGCUGGUUUCACAGUAGAAG